AGGUGUUGCAACAUCUCACCACCUGCUUACGUGCCUCGCCGCUCGUUUGCAUCUCUUACCACGGUGUCGCUCUGAAGAUGCCAUGGCCAAAGAAAGUGCGCGUCAAGAGCAGCACGCUGCCUCUGAUGAGACCCGCGACCUCCUCAAUCUUAUCGACCACGACAGCGACUCCGGCGAGAGUGACAUUAUAGCCCAGACGGCCCGAAAGCGGAUAGGAGACAGCACGUCCAGCAGCCCGAAUCUCACUCCCUCUUUGACUCCAUCGCCCACUCCAUCGCCUGCCAAUGGGCAUCCCGCCCCGCCUCGACGACAGUCUUCCUUCGCCCAGCCGCGCUCCCACGGUCCCAGGACCCCAAAUAGAGUUCGAUUCGACAUAUCAGAAGACGACGGCCACGCUGGCGACUGGUUGGAAGAGGAAGACUACAUGAAUAGGCACACUGGCAGAAGGGGCAGCGGUCGCGGCGAGCAGAGGCUACCCCUGCUAACGGGGAUUGAAGCACCCAGCGUGACGCUUGCGGACGACAUAGAAUUCAAUCCCGAAGACCUGCUGGAGAGCGCAAGACCAAAAAGCGGCAUGAAGAGUGCAUUCAUGAACAUGGCAAACAGUAUCAUAGGCGCGGGAAUUAUAGGGCAGCCAUAUGCCUUUCGUCAGGCUGGUCUGGUAACGGGAGUGGUGCUCCUGAUUGGACUCACCAUCAUCGUAGACUGGACCAUUCGCCUCAUUGUCAUCAAUUCGAAGCUCAGUGGGUCGAACUCUUUCCAGGCGACUGUCCAACACUGCUUUGGAAAACCCGGACUCAUUGCGAUCUCAGUAGCACAAUGGGCUUUCGCUUUUGGCGGCAUGAUAGCCUUUUGCAUCAUCGUCGGAGACACGAUCCCCCAUGUGCUGAUCGCACUAUUUCCUGGCCUCGAAGACAUGUCUUUCUUAUGGCUCCUUACAGAUAGAAGAGCCGUCAUUGUAUUAUUCAUCCUUGGAAUCUCCUAUCCCCUUUCCUUGUAUAGAGAUAUUGCUAAGUUAGCGAAAGCAAGCACAUUUGCAUUGAUAAGCAUGAUCGUCAUUAUAAUAACAGUCGUAACGCAGGGCUUCCGCGUCCCCUCGGAGUAUCGAGGUCAGGUUCGCGGCAGCAUUAUCAUGAACAACGGCGUUUUCCAGGCAAUUGGCGUCAUUUCCUUUGCAUUCGUGUGCCAUCACAACUCACUGCUCAUCUACGGCUCGCUCCGGAAACCCACGAUCGAUCGCUUCUCCCGCGUAACGCACUUUUCCACCACAGUCUCCAUGCUCGCCUGCCUCACCCUGGCCCUAUCGGGAUACCUAACCUUUGGCGACGCGACACAGGGCAACGUGCUCAACAACUUUCCGCGCGACAACAUCAUGGUGAAUGUGGCGCGCCUGUGCUUCGGACUCAACAUGCUGACGACCCUCCCACUCGAGUGUUUUGUCUGCCGCGAAGUCAUGGACAAUUACUACUUUCCGGGCGAGAGCUGGCAUCCGAACCGCCAUCUGAUAUUCACCACGAGCCUGGUGGUCAGCGCCAUGGGGCUGAGCCUGCUGACGUGCGAUUUGGGUAGUGUUUUUGAAUUGAUCGGGGCGACCAGCGCGUGUGCAUUGGCAUAUAUCCUGCCGCCGCUGUGUUAUAUGAAGCUCAGUACGCGGACUUGGAAGACAUAUGCAGCGGGCGCGUGCGUGGCGUUUGGGACGGCUGUGCUGGGCAUCAGUCUGGUGCAAGCGGUCGUGAAAAUCAUGAGUGACACCGGGGGGCCGCAGACUUGCUAGCGGUGGUGUAGGGUAUGGUGGAUGUAUGUACAGAUAUGGUCAAUUUAUGUGACGCGAAUGCGUGUUGACGAAUGCGGGUCGGCGUUUGGUGAGCAGUAGAUGAAGGUGGACAGGAUGAAGCACUCUGCUCUCUUGCUCUCUUGCUCUCUUAGGAACAUAGCAUUUGCAGAGCUUUGCACACGUUCAUGUAGACAUUCAUGUGAAACUUCACGU